UGAAGUUUGGGUCCUGGUCGGUUUGUCCCUGUCUACCGCGGCACCACGACUACUCCUGAACUAGGGGGAAGGCGACUGAUGUGAGUCAGCACCUCAGACUACAGCAAGGCUGGCUGAAACUUACCGUGUAGCCCAAGUGACCUCAAAUUCCUGACAGUCUUCCUGCGCCCCCACCCCCAUCUCUCCAGUGCUGGGAUUUCAGCAUCUCACUACAGGAGCUGUACAGAUACAGAAGACAAUGUCUGGAAGCUUCUACUUUGUAAUUGUUGGCCACCAUGAUAAUCCAGUUUUUGAAAUGGAAUUUUUGCCAGCUGGGAAGGCAGAACCCAAAGAUGAGCAUCGCCAUCUGAACCAGUUUAUAGCGCACGCGGCUCUGGACCUGGUGGACGAAAACAUGUGGCUCUCCAACAACAUGUACUUGAAAACCGUGGACAAAUUCAAUGAGUGGUUCGUGUCGGCCUUUGUCACUGCCGGGCACAUGCGAUUCAUCAUGCUUCACGACGUGCGGCAGGAAGACGGCAUCAAGAACUUCUUCACUGAUGUCUAUGACUUGUACAUCAGGUUUGCCAUGAACCCCUUUUAUGAACCCAAUUCUCCUAUUCGCUCAAGUGCAUUUGAAAGGAAAGUUCAGUUUCUUGGAAAGAAACAUCUUUUAAACUAAAUGCAGAAAACUUAAGAAUCACAGUGGGGUAUGCUCAGGUUUGUGUGCAUUGUAAGUAGCUGGAUAAAACGCCUGGCAAACUUCACAUGUCUCAGCUUAUUUGUAUAUAGUGAAAUUUCUUGUAUAUUUAAAAAUCUCAUUUUUUAUGUUAGUUAUCAGCAUUAGCAUUUGCUUGUAAGUAGUUAUCAGUAAUUUAAAAUAUUUUAUUUCAAAAAUUAAGAAUAAGCUUAUAUCUUUACUAAUUGAGAUAAUUAAAAAAGAAUUUAUAUUUA